AUGCCCGAGUACCAGCGCGCGGCCGCCAUGCCGAGCCUUCGCGGAUGCAGGACGACACUGGUCCCAGACGGGCGCCUUCAACCCGAGUGCUGCCGCAACGGCACUGGCGGCCGCAGGAGCGCUACGCGGCACAGCGACGAGGAGGAGCUGCUGGGGCCGGCACGGGACCAGGCAGGUGGACCCGAGCUGGUGCUGCCACGAGAUGUUCGGCCCCUCGGGCAAUGUGGAGAUGCUGGCACGGUGGCUACACGCACGAGCGUUGCUGCCUCGGCGGUGGCGAGGGUGGCAGCGCGGUCGGCGCAGAAAAGCAUCUGCUCUUGCGCAUGUGAAGCGUUGGGCGCUUAA